AUGAUGGAAGACAAUUAUAAAAUUAUCCAAAACAUGAACAAUGAAGCAGCCAAUAUUCUUGAGAACUCAGUUACCAAUGCAUUGCUCUGUAAAUCAAGCGAGAAAAAAUCUUUAGAAUGCUUAAGCUAUACAGAAAAACUCGAAUAUCUCUUAUUCCCCCCCUCCGUGAGCGAACAAAACAAUUAGAAAAAUCCCUAUUUUUUGCUCAAAAACCCACCCUCCGUGAGCGAACAAAAAAUUUUUUUAAUAGAAAAAUUCUUUAGGGAAAAAAAAUUUUGAUAUAUAAGUGAUAAUUAGUAUAAUGAAAUCUCGAACUAAUUCUGUUUAAUUUUAAACAAAUUGCAUUUUAAAACAUAAAUUGACAAUUAAAUUAAUAUUUACUUUCCGAUUUUUGCGAAUUAGGAUUUUUUUAAUUUCGAAAAAAACAAUUUUUUCUGUAAAAAUUAUAUAUAUAAUUUUUUAAAAAAAAAAAAUUAACCCCCUUGCGUGAGUGAACAAAAUUUUUUGUUCGCUCACGGAGGGGGGAGUUAGAGAUCCGAAAAAACGCAGCUACAUUUAUACAAGUCCAAUAUAGAUUCAGGAGAAUGAAAAGAAGUGCGAAGUUUAACUUGAUGGUUUUAAGGGUCAUGAAAGCCCGAAAAGCAGCCGCAAAGAUGAUCCAAAAAUACAUCAGAGGGUGACUAGUUCGGAACGACCUAAAAUUUAUUAAAGGAAUCGACCAAAAAAAGUUCAUUGUUUGGAGACACAGUGGAAAAGAUGUAAGUUUGAUAGGGAGUUUUACAACACCUCCAUGGGAGGAGGAAAUCAAAUUAAAAUAUUCCAAAUCUCUUGGGAAAUUCAUAACCACAAUAUUAUAUGACAGACAAAUUAAGGCAGGCACAUAUUGCAUUAAAUUUAUUGUUGAUGGGGCUAUGGUAUGCAAUGGAGAUUUGGCAGUCUCACAAGAUAUUUCAGGAAAUUACAACAAUGUAAUUGGGGUUAAUGACGAUGCAAAAAAACUAUCAAGGUCAAUUAGUGUCAGAUCUUUCAUGGGUAUGGGAGCUGUUGAUAGUGAGCUAUCUAAGCAUAUAGUAACUCAGGAUUCUCAGUCUCCUAUCCUAUUGACAAGAUCUUUAAGUGGAAAUCUAGAUUCUCCAAGAGGAUUUGGGGUUGUUGAAGACAAAAAAUCAAAAUCCCCGAUAUACCUUAUAAUGAGUGGAUCAAUGGCUGCAAAAUCUAAAAAGAAAUCAGCACCACUUACAAGCCAAGGAAGUGCAGAUGCUUAUUUCAUCAAUGAAGAACUGCAAUCAUUUGGAGUCGUAGAUGGAUAUAAUAAAAUGAAUUUAGAUGAGAGGAGAAUUCACUCCGUGAAUUUCCUCACCCAACUUUUAUUAUUAUAGCUAGGAUUGUACUUCUGUCUGAUAGAGAGAAAUGGUGAAGUUUUUCUUACUUCGCAUCCUACACGCAACGUGUUUUACCUAUUUCCACUCCCUAAAAGCAUGACUUUAAGCCAAACAUGCGCUGGAGGAAAUUCGGAUAGAGCGAGGCAUGAGCCAAGCCGCAAGUGUCCCCGGAACUUCUGGGCUUUCAAAUGGCAUUAUGGAGGUUAGAAAGAGUGACCUUUGUCUAUGGACCGUAGGCACAAUUAGGUGACGCGAGGAAAAAGGGACCUUAUGGUCCUGCACAUCUUGAGUCCCAGCCGGAGGUGAUCUAAAUUAAGUAAUCUACGUCUAAGGAGUCGCAGAUGGAGUUGGUGAAUGGGCUACAUACGGCUUGGACGCGAGCAGGUUUUCAAAAGAAUUAAUAAGAUAUUGUGAACAAGUUUUAAUUGAAACUUUACAGUCUGAAUGGCCCAGCAUUGAAUUUUGUGACUUACUAGAGCAAGUUGUUUGAGAAGCUUACCGAAGAAUAGUCUCCUAUGGCAGCAGUACUCUUCUUUUGGCAAUCUGCCGAGACUCAUUUUUGUAUUCUUUAUCUCUUGGAGACUCAAGCUUCAUUGUCUUAAGACCUCGAGAUGGCUGUAAAGCCCUUUCUGCAGUCUAUCGAUCAGUAGAGCAGCAGCACUCCUUUAAUUGCCCAUACCAGCUAGCAAACCUCCCAAAGCAAAAUAAGUACCAAGAAUUAAUAGACAAAGGGUUUUCGACCUUAAUUGCUCUUCUAAAAAGAACUUCACAGAACAUGAAUGAUUCUCCUUUUGAUGGAGAAACUGAAAUGAUCCCAUUAAAAAGUGGAGAUAUCAUUGUUGCUGGGACUGAUGGACUUUUUGAUAAUAUGUAUGACCAAGAUAUCAUCAAAGUUGCUGAGCAGGUUUUACAGAGCUAUGACCAGGCUCAGCAAAUUGCUGAUGUUUUAGCGAGAUUACUUGUAGAAAGAGCUGUCCAAAAAGGAUGGGAUCAAUCAUAUAAGUCGCCUUUUGCUAGGAAUGCUGGCAAAGCUGGAAAGAAAUAUAUUGGUGGAAAGCUUGAUGAUACAACAGUGGUUGUAGCAAUUGCGUUGAGUCCGUAA